AUGAAUCUCGAGACUCAUAAUACAGUAGAAGCUAAAAUCGAUCAUUAUCAACUGUUUUUGAAGCGAAGAAGUCUUAUUCGUGAGCAUUCACCACGCUUACAAUAUAUCAAGCUCUCAGUCAAGGAACCACAAUAUAUUUAUAGACAUCGUGAUGAAGCGUACCUAAAGCUUGGUGUUCCUGAUAAUCCCAAAUACCAUGCGAAUGUUGAGUCAACUUUGGCUACUUUCAACAAUUCAAUCAUUUCUGAUUCAUUUUAUAUAUUCAUGACUUUUAUUUUGGUGCUUAUUGUGUCUGCCGUCUUUUCAUUUGCAAUCAGAGAAUACCUUUUGUACAAAAAGUCCAGAAAGGAUAUUGCAACCGCCAGUGAGCUCAGGUUUGGGCACCAGUCCAUAAAGGUAGCUCAGGAGCCUCAGAAAAGUGCCCCUACACCUGACAAAGGUGACUUACUGAGUUUGGAAAAGGUUAUACAAAGACAAGAAACAUUGGCCCCUGCUCCCAAUAUGAAAGAUGAGUCUGGUCUUACAAAGUUUGCUGAUGACGAUACCCAGACGGCAGAAAACAGAGGAUGGGAAUUACAACAGAAAUAUGAUCUUACAAGUGCAGCUAUAAGCAUGGAUGUUACUGGGUCCAGUCAAAGAAAUAAGGAUCAUGCUAGUGGGUUUAGCGACAAAUCAAUCAGCAAAUAUGCAAAUAACAUACUGCCAAUGAUUUCAUCAUUCAAGGAUAACAAGAUCCGUUAUAGUAUCGCUGAGUUGCUCAGUUUAGAUGUGGGUAAGUUAAGCCUGGCAGUGAUUGACAAGCAUCCAGAGGGAGUUCAGAAAAUUCCCAUUUCCCAGUUGGUGGCAUGUCCCAUAGUUAUCCCCAAUACUCGUUUUGAGCAUGCAUGGGAGGUGAGUAAAGCUCUUAUGGAGAUUCUGAAAACAUUGAAUGAAUCUGAUUUGAAAGUUGAGAAGAUACUUGCCGUUCUCAAACUAAUUUCGAUUGGGAAACAAAACGACUUCUAUGAGAAUCCCAAUCUAUUUUUGGGGUACUUUAAUACAUGCAUUGAGGACUUGAUCCACACAUGUAUCUUAUUUGACUUAUGGGCAGAUUGCAGCGCUACACUUAUUGUACAGACGCUUGAAUGCAUGUUGACCUAUUGCUGGUCUCACGCCAGGUAUCAAGUGCAAAAUCCAAGGGUGUUGCGUAUGCAGCAACAGUUUAUAAAGUGGAGUGGAAGACAACCACCCAUUCAGCCACAGAUGUCAAUCCUUCAUAUCAUGUUCAAUCUAUACUUGGGGUUGAAGACGGCCUAUAAUUUACCAGAAGAUGUCGCUAAAGAAAACGAGAUGAAGCUAAGUCUCGUUAUUCGCGAGCUCAUUAAAAAGAGCGUUUGCAAUGACUACAUUCAAAUCUUACCCAUGAUUGCUAGAGCAUCUGAAGCUUCUUCUCAGAAUAGAACAAAAUUGUUUUUCUACGAAAUGACCAAGCUUUUGGUCUCAAAUCAUAAAAAUUGUUGCGUAAAUGUUUAUCUCAAGGACUCAAACUUCGAGUUGAAAGCUUUGCUCAAGAAGGGAUUACUAUAUCCUGAGCUGGAUCCCGUUCAUAAAAGAUCAAAAGAAAUACUUGGGCUUAUUCUUGAAUGUGGGAAAGAGGCAGAAAUUUGGCAAUUGGAAGUAUUGAGUAGCGCAACUCAUAUGCCAUCUAGCUUACCGUUGUCGAGCGAAUACACUGAACGUCUCUUUAUGCAAAAGAGAAAAAGCUAG